AUGGCUCUCUCGUCUUGCCUGAAGUGUCUCCCCUGUACUCCCCCUCAUAACCCGGCCCGCUCCUCCGUUUUCCAUCAGGCCUCAAAUCCCGAAAGAGUAAAUUCAUCUAAUUUCCCACGUAUUAGCUCAGAAAAUCCACGGGCACUCUCUGCUGCCGUCUCCUCAGGCACUUCAAGCAUACAACUAUCCCCGGACUUCAGCCCAUGGCAGCUUCUGGAAACCCUCCGUCGUGAAGAGGACGGUACCUCGGCACUGAAGCUCUUCAAGUGGGCCUCACGGCAGCCCAAUUUCAAGCCCACUCUCCCUAUAUACCAAGAAAUCAUCCAGAAGCUCGGGAAUGCAGGAUCGUUCAAAAACAUACGGUGGGUUCUGGAACAUAUGAAGCUUUCGGGUGUUGAGCUCGUUGAAGGCACUAUCUUUAUCGUGAUCGAUAGUUGCGCGAAAUUCGAGAUGUACGAUGAGGCAGUGGGUGUUCUCGAUUUGAUGCGAGAUGAGUUCCAGGUGGAGCCCACGACCCACACCUAUAACUUCCUGCUCAAUCUUCUCGUUGAUGGGAACAAACUGAUACUCGUCGAGAAUGUGCACUCCAAAAUGCUGAGAGAAGGCGUGUUGCUGGACGUCUCGACUUUCAAUAUACUGAUAAAGGGGUUGUGCAAGGCCCACCAGAUAAGGCCUGCAAUCCUGUUGAUGGAGGAGAUGCCCAAAUAUGGGCUGAGCCCGGAUGAGAAAACCUUCACUACCAUAAUGCAGGGUUAUAUCCAAGAAGGUAACUUUGGUGGAGCUUUGAGGGUUUGGGAGCAGAUGGCCGCAGCCAAAUGCCCUUGGUCUAAUGUGACUGUAAAUGUGUUGAUAAGUGGAUUCUGCAAAGAGGGCCGGGUCGAGGAAGCUCUGGUUUUCGUGCAAGAAAUGGUGAAAGAGGGCUUCUGUCCCGAUCAGCUCACGUUCAAUACUUUAAUUAGCGGUCUUUGUAGAAUUGGGCACUUGGAUCAUGGGUUGGAGAUACUCGACUUGAUGCUGCAGGAGGGCUUUGAUCCAGACUUGUUCACGUACAACACUGUUGUGUCCUGCCUUUGUAAAUCGAGCCGAGUGAAGGAAGCCAUGGAGGUGCUCGAGCAGAUGCUUUCACGAGGCUGUAAACCGAAUACCGUCACGUACAAUUCCAUAAUCAGCACUUUGUGUAUGGAGAAUCGAGUCCAGGAAGCCACUGAGCUCGCUCGAUCCCUUACGGGCCGCGGUAUUAUCCCCGACGUGGCCACUUUCAACUCUCUUAUACAGGGCCUGUGCUUGAGCAGCAAGUUCAGCAUGGCCAUGGAGUUAUUCCAAGAAAUGAAGACCAAAGGGUGCAAUCCGGACGAGUUCACUUACAACAUACUAAUUGACCGUCUCUGCACCGAAGGCGAGCUCGAAGAAGCUUUAGAGCUCCUUAAAAACAUGGAGUCGAGCGGGUGUUCGAGAAAUGUGGUCACUUACAACACGUUGAUGAAGGGGUUUUGCAAAAUCAAGAAAAUCGAAGAGGCCGAGGAAAUAUUUGACCAGAUUGAGCUGCAAGGCCUGUCUAGAAAUGUUGUCACAUACAACAUUCUUAUCGAUGCUCUCUGUAAAUCAAAGAGGGUCCAAGAUGCAGCUCAGCUUAUGGACCAGAUGAUAAUGGAGGGACUGAAGCCCGAUAAGAUCACCUUUAACUCCAUUCUUUCUUAUUUCUGCAAAGCUGGCGAUAUUAAAAAAGCAGCCGAUAUUGUCCAAACGAUGACCUCAUCCGGGUGUGAACCGGAUGUCUUUACGUACGGGACUUUGAUUCAGGGGCUGUGUAAAACAGGGAGAACAGAGGUGUCCGUACGGCUCUUGAGGAGUUUACAAAUGAAAGGAAUGGAUUUGAACCCGCACGCUUAUAAUCCAGUGAUACAAGCGCUUUUUAAGAGGAGAAAAGUUAAAGAGGCAGUGCGGCUUUUUAGGGAGAUGGAGGGAAAAGGAGUCUCUCCGGAUGCUAUUUCGUAUAGGACUGUGUUUCGGGGGCUUUGUUCUGGUGGUGGUCCGAUAGGCGAGGCUGUAGAUUUCGCGCUUGAGAUGACGGAAAAAGGGUAUCUUCCAGAAUAUUCCUCGUUCGUUAUGCUGGCUGAAGGCCUGUGUGCUUUGAGCAUGGAGAAGACUUUGGUGAAGCUUGUGGAUAAGAUGAUGGUGAAGGCGGAGUUUUCGGAUAGGGAGGUGGCUAUGGUUAUGGGUUUUCUUAGGAUUGGUAAAUUCACCGACGGGUUGGCUGCUUUUGGCCGGAUUUUGGAUAGCCGGAGCCCUAGAAAAGGCCACCCGAAUUUGAUGCAUACCGAGCUUGACUUACUUACUGGGUUCCUAGAGGCCAGUAACCUCCAGGUCGUGUUUGUUCGGUUAGGCACCCUUAACUCGUGUCCGAGCUACUUGGCCAAGCUUCAGGUCUCUAUACCAACGGGAGCUCUCUUAGCUUGGCCGUAA